GGGUUGGCGGGUUUUAAUGUCAAGCCCUGUUUAUAAAUAUAUUUCCAUUGUUUUGUUAAAUAUUAAGUUGAGGGUACAGAGUUGAACUCUUAUUUAUUCCUCUUCUUGAAAGAGUGAAAUCUGAAGCUCCAUCUCAACAUUAAGAUAUCUGAUGUUCAUCUCAACAGCUAAUGACCUGAAAAGCGAAGCACUCGCAGGAUCUCAUGACAAGAUGAAAAAGUUGCUUUAAGACAUUUUUAACACUGGUUGGUUUAUUUCUGAUGAAAAUGAUGCAAUCGGUCUACUGGAAGUUGGGGCACAAUUAGACAUUGUGAAAUCAUCAACAGAAAAAGGCUAAAAAAAGGUUGGUGACGACACUUUAAAAUGUGUGGUCAUUUUGAGUGAUAGUAAAAUUGCUACAGAGCAGCUUCACAUCAGCUCAUCUGUCAUUUUAUUACUGAACCAGUUUCAAAGAGUCUUUUCAUAUUUGUGGACUGAAACCAUUGAAGAAAAUGUUUCUCAAAUUAGUUUUGCUCUGUUUGUGUUUGUGGCGUCUGGAUGGUGUGUUUGGGUUUUUGGAAGUGAAGUAUGUGAAGGAGGGAGAUUCAGUCACUCUGAACACUGGUCUUACUAAAAUAAAGGAUGAUGAUGUGAUUCAGUGGAGAUUUUGGAUUAAAAAGACUUUAAUAGCUGAAAUCAAUAAACGGGCCGACAGAAUCACUGUAUAUGAUGAUGUUCUUGAUGGGAGAUUCAGAGACAGACUGAAACUGGAUCAUCAAACUGGAUCUCUGACCAUCAUGAACACCACAACUGAACAUGCUGGACGUUAUAAACUACAGAUCAACAGUGUGAUCAAGAGUUUCAAUCUCGUUGUCUAUGGUGAAAUAUCAGUGCUGGAGAAAGAUUCAGUCACUCUAAACUCUGAUCUUACUGAGAUGAAGGAUGAUUGUCAGAUUCUGUGGUGGUUUGUGAAUGAAAACACUUCAAUAGCUGAAGCCAAUGUUACAGCCGACAGCAUCACUGUAUAUGAUGAUGUUGAUGGGAGAUUCAGAGACAGACUGAAGCUGGACAAACAAUCUGGAUCUCUGACCAUCACAAACACCACAACUGAACAUGCUGGAGUUUAUGUGCUAGUACAGAUGACUGGAGAAAACCCGUCAUUGAAGACAUUCAGAGUUUCUGUCUAUGCUCGUCUGCCUGUUCCUGUCAUCAGCAGUAACUCUUCACAAUGUUCUUCAUCAUCAUCAUCAUCAUCAUCAUGUUUAUUGUUGUGUUCAGCUGUGAAUGUGAGUCAUGUGACUCUCUCUUGGUACAAAGGAAACAGUUUAUUGUCCAGCAUCAGUGUGUCUGAUCUCAGCAUCAGUCUCUCUCUACCUCUGGAGGUGGAAUAUCAGGAUAAAAACACCUACAGCUGUGUGCUGAACAAUACCAUCAGCAACCAGACUCAACAUCUGGACAUCACUCAACUCUGUCACACAUGUGCAGACUCUGUCCACUGUUGUGGUUCUACUGAAGCUGUGAUCCGAUUGGUCCUCUCUGCUCUGGUGGGCGUGGCUACUGUCAUUAUUCUGGUUUAUGACAUCAGAUCCAGAAGAGCUGAACGAGAUCAAGCACAUACUCACACAUCAGUGUCUGAUUUUUAGGCUUUCUGAAACACUCAAUGGUGCAACUUGGACUGUGUCCAUGUAGCGAACUACACCAUGGAUCACCCCUCUUGAUCCACGGCCACCUUGAAGCUUUUUAUUGCAACUUCUUUUAUGUUAUUGUUGACUCUUUUUUCUUGUAACCCUCUAAUAUGAGCACAGUAAAAAAAUAAAAAAAAAAUCAUUCACUCAACGUAACUUUUUGAGUUACGUUUUUGCACUGACUCUGUUCAUUUGUAUUUACUUAAAAUAUUAAGCAUGUUCAGCUUGACAAAUUUAGUUAUUUUGAACUUACUGUUUUCAAUACCAAAGUUCAUGUUCAUGUAACCUAAUUUGGCUUAUUUUAUUCAUUCAACCAAAUAAAAUUAUUAUUUUAUUUAAAUUGUUAUUUUGUCAAUUUUAAAUAAUCCUUUUAUUUCAAAUGUUUCAUCCAUGUUCUGGAUGAGAAAUGUAUUCUUAUUUAAAUUAAUUUCUACUGCAAAUAAUAAUUGAUCUGAAUAGGAAAAGGCACAUAAAGCACAUUUUUAAAAUAAAAUGCCCUUCAAAAAAGAGAGAGAUUUCCUCAGCAUACCACAGCACAACAUAUUUGAAUAGCAUGUGCAUAGGAGCACAACAGAACGCAAUAGAGAAUUCUGCCGUCUCUAGCUAUUUUUAUUUAAGAAAAUCAACAUAUUGACUUUCUCAGGGAGCAAGUCAUAAACAAAAAUCAACAGGCUGAAGAACACUUAUACAAGGAACCUUUGCCUAUGGUUUAAAAAUACUAUAGCAAAACAAAAAACAAACAAACAAAAAAAACUAGGCAAUGUAAAUUUAUUAAAGACAAGUAAAACAUUCAGUAAUUAAAAAAGGACAAAUAAAAAAUUAGAAAUUAGUCAAAUUAGUGCUUUUAUAAUCUGAAGUUUUUUAAUAUGUGUAAAGCAGUGAAAAAUCCCAGCAUGCACUGUGGCAUGUAUAAAUUAUCACCACUGUUGAGAACUAUAUGACAAGUGUUGAUGCCUAAGUGUGUAUGGGUAGAGGUAGUAGUUAUUCAUUUUCAGCACUGACAAUUGUUUCAAAAAUUUGUUUUUACAGUUUUGUUACUCCUGAACCUCAGUCAAUAAACCAAAAAAAAAUGCCUUACAAGAACAAAA